GGCGCCGUUUGACAGCUACUCAGGUCGAGUAUCCCUGGAACACAUCGAGGCGAAGGGGAUUGAGGAUUUGGGAGGAUCUGCAUAACACUUGGGAAGAAUUUUCCAACUCGUGGAUAAGUGGAGGAUAAGUGAAAAAUUUUCAAAAUUAUGAGAUGUUGAUUUGUUGACCCGGGGGUGGAAAAAUCGAGAAGAUUAACGAUGAGAGCAGAGAGAGAGGAAUUGCGGUACUACCACGAGAGUGACGGGGGCCCGUUUCUGAAGUGAGCCGACGUUGGUGAAGAGGAGUGAGACGAAGAGAGCGUUUCGUCGUGUGGAAAGGAGCCUCCUUCCAUGGAAUAACGAAUAAGACGGAGAAAAAAGGAGUGAAAACAUUGGUGGAAGAACGGAGAGGACUGGGACUGGAAUGGACAGUCGAGGAGUUCGGGGAAAGGUAAAGACGGAGAAAACGAGACGGAAUCGAAGGAGAACGCAACGGAACGACCUACGCGGAGUGGGAGGGAGCAAGGGGAGAAGUACGAGUAGCACGAGGAGAGGGAGAACCCGUGGAGGGAAAAAGAAGAGUGGGUAGUUGAUGGCGACGAUGUGCAACGGUGUGAUGUUUGUUGGGCUCACGUUUUGUCUGUGAUAACUAGGGGUAUUUUUCACUUCCUAAUAGACACUAAACCCCAUUGAAUAUAUCGACCCUCCCCUGAUGGUGGCUCUUAUCAGUGGCACGUGUAACGAUGAAUAAUUGAAAAAAAAAAAGAAAGCUCGAUGGCGAGGUGGUAGAAAUGUUCAGUGGACCCCGAGAGUGUGUUCUGUGAGUGAGAAAGCGUUUGGUUUAUUCUCGGGGAUUUUUAUUUAACUCUCGUACCAUUAAUUCCCUCAUAUCGUUCAUAUUAUUCGUUGGGUUUUUUUAAUGAUAUUGUGGUGAUGAAGGAGUCUGAAUGAUGCUUGGUGGAAUUAUAAGGUGGAGAGGUAUGCACAAUCUUCAUAGGUAGGAAGACGCCUCUGAAACGACAAGUAGUACGCGUGCCAACUGGUGCCAAACACGCUUGUAUUUAGGGAGAGACAUCGCCCUUGCCGUCGGCCAGAUUUGGACUAGCCAUGUCCACUAGGAAGCGAAGGGGAUUAAAAUCUAGUAUAAAAGUUGAAAUAGUCAUAAAUAGCUAUGACAGAUAGGAUGAGUGGAAGUCGGAGGAGUGAAGUACGUUGCUUCAAUGAGAACUCUCCAAGGCCUCCCGUACCUGGAGAAGAAACUGGAGGAUAUAAUAUUGGAAGAAUACCUCCGCAGAGCCCUGCUCUAACACCUAGACGCUCGUUAUUGGCUCGCUCCUCCAGUGGCAUCUGCGAUGCUUCAGCACCGAUGGGAUUCGAACCCGAGGGCUGUUGCGAUUCGUCGAUCAUGGAGACCAAUUCACCACCCGCUUGUCUCAGAUGGGCGACCAACCUCAAUUCGCUGCUGCAGGAUAGGGAGGGACUGCAGUUGUUUAGGAAGUAUUUGGAACAAGAGGGAACAUCACACGCCAAUCCUCUUGAUUUCUAUUUUGCCUGCGAAGGUCUCAAUCAGGAGCAUGAUAAGGAUAAGGUCCAUCAGUUGAUCAAGGCUAUCAAUAGACGGUUUCUUCAAAAAACACAAUUGGCGAUCCCCGAGCACAUACGGAAGGAGGCGAGUCGUCGUGUAAAGGAAGGGAGAGCUGACAAAACAGUAUUCGACGCUGUGCAGCACGAAGUCGAGCGUGUUAUAAAGGAAACUAUUUAUCCAAAUUUUCUAAGUUCAGAAAUUUAUUUGGGAUAUGUAUCGUCAUGUCAAAAUGCCGAUUCUGCUGGCUGUCCAAGCUCCACGUCGAGCCGAGAGAUGUCAAUAUCGUGUGGGCCAGCUCUACUGCCAACUCUCCAUGAGGAUGCUGAAUUUUUUGCUGGACAUUAUUCCCAUUCAGCGUGUGGAACACCAGGUGAAUUAAGACUGACUAGGGAUGUCCUUAUGAGGACACAACAGACUAGAGCAAUGGAUCUGAGGCCUAAAACUGAGGCACUUGCUGGAAUGUACUUGCACCCUACGACUAGUCCAUACCAUAUGCGAUCCCGAGCACCUCUUCAGUAUUCGUCAUAUAAUCCAGUAUCGCGACAGGACUCAGAGUUGCAGAGUUUGAGCAGUGAUGCCAGAACUGAAUCUGACAAUUUGUCGUUGACUGAUAACUCAGUAGAUGGAAUGUCAAUAGGACGAUCGAGAAGUGUAAGAAGACAUGGACGUGAAUCCAAAGCAUUGAGAACUAUGGGGCCCAUCCAUAGUGAUCCAACUCUCUACACAGUAAUACCAAGAACGCAACGUGUAACCAAGGACAUAUGUGUACCAACGGAUCCAGCUGUAUUGGGACCGAUUCUCAUUCAGAAAUUAGAAGCAGUGAGACGUGAGCAGGAGAACGAGGAGAAGCUAAACAGGCAUCUUCAAGAGGCUGACUCGAUCUGCAUGAAUUCUAUGGAGGGCCCCCCAUCCAGUGCCCUAGCUGAUGCACUUCGUGAAAAGCUUCAGAUUGAGGACGACGAUCAGGCCAUUCUAGAUCAGCAUGUGUCGCGUGUUUGGUCAGAUCCCACCCCCUCGAGAUCACCGAGGUUCGAGUCACCCAGGGGACACUCGCCAGAACGUUGUAAAAGAAAUGUAUCAACGCACAAUUAUACACGGUCUUAUAAACAGCGAAAGGAAAAGGAUGUGUUUUCUACAUUUUCUGCUGAUAGCGGUAAUAUCCAUGACUUCCCAGAGGGCAGUGAUUUGGCUACUAUGGGCUCUUUUAGCUCCUUGGGCUCGCAUAUUCCAAAGUCCAAGUCUGUUCCUUCAGAGUAUGCUGAUUCUUUGCAUAAACCUGAGCUUUAUUAUCAAGGUCACGAUCAGAGAUUCAGGAGAGCAGACAUGUCCAGGAGAUCAGCGACCAAGAAAUCCAUGACAGAAUUAACCGACAGUGGGGUGAGUGUUGUUAGUGAUGUACCUCCAGUGCCAGUAAGCAAGGAGCAUCGUCUUCACGCGUGGUUGAAUCAGAAUGAUAAGAAGGGCGAUGGCAAACAUCAUCGACAUGGAAAAAAAUACGGCUCUAGGAGUGGCUCGCUGGAGAGAGCCGGUAGGGAGUCCUGGGGAGUUCCUUCACAGCCGUUUGUCACUGAUCCAGGAAUGCCACCUCUUCCACCUCCUAAUACUGCCAUGCAACUGGAAGAAGCCAGACGACGACUAAUGGAGGAAGACCGAGCACGCGGUGGUGCAGGGAGUAUUAUCGCUCCAUCAAGCUCUGGUGCUACUAGUAGAAGAUAUCCUACAGCUCCUUCCAAUACAUCCACUCUGCGCAAGAAACAGGAUACGGGUGAUUUUACCACCGCAAUAUUCUCAUUCUGCGAUGAGAACGUACCCUACAGAAUAAAAAUCCCAGGGCAUAAUGUGACACUCAAGCAGUUUAAAGAGUAUCUUCCGAAGAGAGGCAGCUACAGGUAUUUCUUCACAACCGAAUGUGAAGAUGUCGAUACAAAAAUUAUUCAAGAAGAGAUCACCGAUGACACAGAAGUGUUGCCACUUUGGGAGGGCAAGAUAAAAGCCCAAGUCAAGGCCCUCGAAUAGAACUCCACCUCUCGUCCAUACACAGCCGAUCAAAAAAUGCAAAUCAUUAUUUAUUAUCAAACUGUACAGUAUAUAUACACAUAUAUUUUUUUGUUUACACGUUCAUAAUGAUUUGAAGUGAGGAUGCCCAAUGACAUGUCAUUAUUUCUCAUUUCUUAUCUUUUAUUUCAUAAAUUUUUAAGAAAUUAUUUUUAGAGAUCCAUCGAGCCAAGUAGGAUCACAGCAUACUUCUACUCAUAUAUAUAUAUAUAUAUAUACAUAUAUAUAUAUAUAUAUAUAUAUUUUUUUUUGUUUUUUUAAUCAAAUCGGAGGCUUCCCACUGUCUUUAUUUCCGGCCGAAUGUACAAAAUGAGUGCGAAGUAGAUUUUUCGCCUUUAUAAGGCACUAGAACUUGAAAUACGCAGAUUAGCUGGUAAACUUUUUUUUUUUGUAGGAAAUAAGAUUGAGGUGAAUAUUACGUAUAUCAUUAUGUAUAUUUAUCACAAAAAUAUUAUACAAUGAUAUACAUGUUGCGUACGUAAUAUUCAACGAUUGAAAUUGAAUGGAUUGACGUGAGAGAACGGGAUUUAUAAAAAUUACGUGCCAGAGGAAAACAAGAAUAAAAGUCAUGGGAUAAAAUUUAUGAGUGCAGAAUGUGCAGAUAAAUUUCAAAAAUAAUAGUUAGAUAAAACGAUGGGUUAUGUGAAUGGGCAGCCUCAGGGGGAAAACUGAUCAAUUACAUCAUGAUUGCUCAGAGAUCAUGAAGUUUUUUUUUUUUUUUGGGAGGCUAAAUAUUGUGCCUUUUAGGAUAAGAGUUGAAUUAAGACUUAGUAAGAAUACAAAUCGAUGAAAAUAAUUACAGAAAAUUUUCAAAUUUCACUAAUUCAGGGAAUUCAACAGUCUAUAAGAAUUUUAUUGAUUUUCGAGGGGAAUUAAUUUGUACCUUUGCUGCAUAUCGAUUUGAAGACGUUUUAAAUACUUUUAAAUUUUAUUGGUACAAUUUUUUUUUUAUUUUCUGGCUUAUUGUAUUCAGUGUACAAUAGAGUAUUAUUGCAUUUUAUUAUCGCAUUGUGAAUCUAUUUGGUUAGUAAAAAUGACAGCGAAAGUUAACAGUCAAUUCGUCAAUGACCCCAGACUUAGGUAUUAAAUGAAGAAUGGCCUAAUUGUGGGCCUCCAUUACAGUCUCAUGACAGUUCAUUACAGUUUCUAUUUCUUCGAGCUUCCAAUUUGUUUCCAUUGUUUAUGAUGAUGUCCAGAUUAAAGUUGUUUGCGAUUUAGGAGGCGAAUCAACGAACAAACUCUUCUAUGUCAAAUUUUUAAUCUGACACUUAUUUAUAGUGAGGUUAUCGUAAAAUCAUGUUUUUUACUCACUGAUUAAUAGUAAAACAUUGUUCAAGUGUUUCUGUAUCUCACAGAUGAAUUGAUUUUUUUAAUGAUGAAACAAGAUAUUUCAAUACAUUUACCUAUUAUUUUUUAUUAUUAAUAAUAUCCUGAUUAUUAAUUAUUGUAUAGAGAAUGGAUGGGGAGAGAACCAAUUGUCAGAACAAAGUGAUGAAAUAAUAAUGAUGCAGCGAUUUUCACCAUA